CCAAGUCCAUUCUCAUAGUAAGCGUACUACUAGUAGCAAAAUGGCUUCACCGUUUCUGGAUAAUCCUGUAGAUAUCGGAGCCCAAAUUGUACAAAGGGCUUUACGAAGAGAAAGAAUUCUUAGAGAUAAACAAAACCCCCUAGCAUUCUCUGACGCGAACUUACACGAGAAAUACCGAUUUUCGGCGGAGGGAAUGUUGUAUCUUUGUCGGCUUCUAGAGCCCCAUAUUAAGAACCCGACGCGGCGAAGCCAUGCGACCACUGUCCCACAAAUGAUUUGUAUUGCUUUGCGUUUCUUUGCGAGUGGUACAUACCUGUAUGAAGUGGGCGAUGCCGAGAAGCUCAGCAAGAACACAGUUUGCCGAACAAUUCGUAGGGUAGUUAUCGCACUCCAGAAAUAUCUGAACACUUUCGUUGUGUUUCCUGGUCAUUUACCCACUGUGGCCAUAAAAGAGGGCUUCUCCAAUAUAGCUGGAUUCCCUAGAGCUAUUGGAGUAAUAGAUUGCACACACAUUCCAAUCUCGACUCCAAUAAAAGAAAUUGAGGCUAAUUAUCUUAACAGGAAGGCUACUCACAGCCUCAAUGUUCAGAUUACUUGUGACCAUCAGUGUAUGGUCACAAGCCUGGAUGCCAGAUGGCCUGGCUCAAUGCAUGACAACCAGAUUUUCGAGAACUCGUCGUUGUGCAAGCGUUUACAGGAAGGGCAGUUUGACGGUCUGCUGGUGGGAGACGAGACUUACGCAUGUCAGAGCUUUCUGAUGACUUCCUACCCUGACCCUGAGACAACACCACAGCAUGACUUUAACGUGGCCCUCAGUCAAACCAGGCUCAAGAUUGACACAACUCUUGCCAUUUUAAAGGCACGGUUUAACUGUCUUCGUGACCUGAGAGUGUCACCAGAGCGGGCAUCUCAGAUUGUGGGUGCAUGUGUUGUCCUUCACAACAUAGCCACUAUAAGGAAGGAGCGAGUGCCAGAUGAAUAUUAUCUCUCCCCUGAUGAUGAUGAUGUUGACCCCAUUACUCGGGACCAUCCUGCUGGCAGAGCUGUUAGAGAUGCCAUCACUGCAGAAUAUUUCACUGACCAUCUAAAUAAGUCUGUUUGAGAGAAAUGUUUCAUAUUAGGCCGUAUUAAUGCAUUAACCUUUAUUGUCAUUAAAUUUGUUUCCAUCUAUUCUCAUGUUGAUGUUAAAAAUGCUCAAUGGAAAAGCAAUGGCUGGAAAUUAAUUGAUCUUGCACAUUAAUAUGCAUUAUUCUAAAUCUCUGUAAAA